UGGUUUUAUUGUGAGAGGCGCGUCCCCUGCUUCUCUGCGCCAGUGAACACAAAAUGGCCGCCAUUUCUUAUAAGGAAAAGCGUCAAAUGUGUCGCUACCACCCUAGACAGUCGAAGUUUAGUGUCUUGUAACCAAACUUUAUAGUUUUUACACGGCAAGUGUAGUCUCGGAUGUGAUUCUUAUGCCGUAUUUUUCCCAGUACACUGUUUACCGAGUACAAAGGAGUCACGUGACCACGGGCGAACCCGCCAUUUUGUUGAUAUGGCUUCAGUGCAGCGGCAGUACCGCAAACUGACACAGAGGGCACCGGUCUAUGCUCACUCACUGCAACCAAUGGCUAAUUAACACACAGCAAAACAAUCAAGGGCCUCCAACACACCAUGGCUGUGCAGUAUUCCCUAAUGCCUGAACAGUCAAGUGUUCAUGCAAGAAAUUGCUUUUCUUUUGGACAAAGGAGGCAUCAGCUCUAGGAACACCAUCUCCAGCGGGCGAUCUCUGCUCAGCAGGUGUAUGGGGAGAAGAGGGAUAACAUGGUGAUUCCUGUCCCAGAGGCUGAGAGCAACAUCGCCUACUAUGAGUCCCUCUACCCGGGGGACUUCAAGAUGCCCAAACAGCUUAUUCACAUACAACCGUUCAGUCUGGACACGGAGCAGCCAGAUUUUGAUCUGGACUCUGAUGACGACACAUUUGUAAAUAAGCUGAAGAAAAGGAUGGACGUGGGAGCCCUGCAGUUUGAAGAAAUGAUUGACCGACUGGAGAAAGGCAGUGGAAAGCAGCCGGUGUCUCUGCAGGAGGCCAAGCUCUUGUUGAAGGAGGAUGAUGAAUUGAUAAAGGAGGUGUUUGAGUACUGGAGCAUGAAAAGGAAAGUCUGUCAGAGUGGCACUUUCAUCCCUGUUGUCAAACAGGAGAAGCGUGACAGCUCCAGCACUAGUGACCCCUACAUUGCCUUCAGACGCAGGACGGAGAAGAUGCAGACCAGAAAGAAUCGGAAGAAUGAUGAAGCUUCUUACGAGAAGAUGCUGAAGCUCCGUAGGGACCUGAGCCGAGCAGUUACAAUCCUGGAGAUGAUCAAGAGGCGAGAGAAGAGCAAAAGAGAGUUGCUGCACCUCACGCUUGAGAUCGUAGAGAAGAGGAACAGUAUGUCUGAUUUUGGAGGGGAGGUGAUGGCAGAGGUUCUGGCUCAGAGAGCUCUGGAGAAGCCGGUCAUCCCGCUGAUACCAAUCACCAACAGCACCCAGUACAGACACACAGAGCAUGACCGGGACUACAAGAGCAAGGUGGAUAAGCCAGAGGUUGUACGGCAGAAGAGGAAGUAUGAGAAGAAGGCAAAGCCGUUGCCCUUGGCAGGCUCCGCCCACUCAGGACUGGCUGUUUUUAAUGCUAAAGACCUCAAUCAGUAUGACUUUCCAAGCUCAGAUGACGAACCCUCCCAGAUGUUCUCUGGUUCUUCAGAGGUUGAGGAGGAGAAUGAUCCAGAUGGUGUGUUUGCUUUCCGGAGGAGAACAGGCUGUCAGUAUCAUGCUGUGCAUUCAGGAAGCACAGGGGAUUGGCCCUGGGCAGACCCAACGGAGGGUGGGAUAGGAGAUGUGCGGUAUCGCUAUUCUCUCACCAUGCUCACGGUGCCACGGCGAUGCCUGGGAUUGGCACGGCGGCGAGUAGGCAGAGGGGGCAGGGUGUUAUUGGACCGAGCCCACUCUGAUUGGGAUUCUGUGUAUCAUGGGCUGGACCCGGAUUCCCCCGUGUUCCCUUCACUGUCUCCCAGCCCGCAGCCCAGCACGGAUACCUCACAAACCAGCACAGAUACCUCUGCCCCCUCCUCAUCUCCACUUGACCUCACACAACUCCUGCUCAACAUCAAAGCCUGUCGCUGGAGGCAUUUCAAGCCUCGGACGGCACCGCCAGACGACCCCGACAAUCCUGAGCACUGGUCCGCAAGGAGACCCCAUCGUGGCUUCCUCAUCCGCCCAAUCAGCACGCUUCGAAGACGGGGAGGCCCCGUCUCCACCCGACCACCUGCACCAGCUUUCAAUGCGGAGCAGUACCAGCAACACCAGGAGCAGCUCGCACUGAUGCAGAAACAACAACUUGAACAGGUCCAACUACAGCUGCAGACCGGCAGCACAGCAGUCACACACAACCCACAGAGUAUAGUGUCAAAGACGAUAGACGCUGCCAGCGCUCAGUUUGCUGCAUCUGCGCUGGUGUCCCCUGACCAGCUGAUGGCACUAAAAAGUAAAGAGGAGGGAGUUGGUGUCAAUGGAGUCGUCUCUGCUUCUGGUGUAUAUAAGGGCUUACAUUACACAAGCUCUGCAGUGUCCAUCCAUCCGUCUGCUGGCCCUACCUCCCCUUCUGCCACCACUAACAACGGAACCUCCUCGACCAAUCAUCAUGUCAGCACGACCGGCCCUGCCCCUGCUCAAGCACUGAUGGGCGGGGCUGUGAGAGUGAGCGUUCCCUCACCAGCAGGCACCUUGAGUGUGCAACAGCUGCUCACUGUUCCCACCUCUGCCCUAAAACUUGCUGCCAAUGCUAACAGACCCAUCCCGAAGGUCACCACCGGGUCAGCUACCCUCGACAUGGGGCUUAGGGAAAAUCACGAUCAAGAAAAACCUCCCUUAAACAGUCUUACAGACAACACAGUCGCCAUGGAGGUUACGUAGCCCCGCCCCUUGAACUUUCUCACACCACCCUUCAAUCGAGGCGUCUCCUUUAGGUGCUAUGCAUCGUAGCGACGCUGUUUCUCCAUGGCAGCCGUUGGGACUUAAUUGCAAUGCUCUUUUUUUUUUUUUUUUCCCAAUAUGUUUUUGUUACUUUUAAUAAGAUAUCAACAUCUGUAAAUUAUGAAAUACAAAAAUUAUUCUAUGUACAUACAUAUUUGUAAUACACCCCUUGUAUAUAACAUUACUUGAAUACAGAAAUUGUUCAUUUGUGAUGUUUUACACUUGGGGAAAAGAAUCUGAAUUUUGCAUUGUGUGUGUGUGUGUGUGUGUAAGAGAUUGUGAAUGUUAGCUGUUUGUGUGAGUGUAUGUCACAUGCAUGGUGCAAAACCUGCUGUUUUUAUCUAUUUAUUGUGAGGUGUUUACAAUUUAGUUUUUUCAUAAAUUCUUAUUUUUAAUACACUGUAACCUCCUGGGUUUCUGUGCCGUGUGUCUGCGAGUGUAGUUAACAGUUUUAUGUGAACAUCUCUUGUUGGAAAAAGCAGCAGGGGUUUCUCUCACUCACUGUCUCUUUCUCAUGUGGCUGCUCUCACUCCACUCAAGCACUAUUUUUUAUUUUGUUUUUUAUCAAUGCUGCUUUUGUAUGAUUUCUAAAAAAACAACUUUUUUUUUAAUCAGAAUCUGAUAGCCCCUUUUGUUUCAUUUAGGAGUUUGUAAAGCUCUAGAAAAUAGGUUUAUUUUCAUUACCUCUUAUGAUGACUGAUUGUAUGUCCCCUGUGCUGAGCAGCGAGUUUCUGUGUGUAACACAUUCAUAAGGGAAGAGGACUACAGUGUCAUCUCAGUACGUGGUUUUUUUUGUUUUUUUUCCAUCAGCAUUCCACUUUAUAUGAAAAUAAGGAUAAUGAACACAAAUAACUUUGUUUCCUGUAAGACUUUAUGGUGGUGCCCUUCCAGUGGUGCCAGCAUGAGCUCUCUUCUGUGAAGAGGACGGUACCUCACAAGGCUACUCGUAGUUGUUGUUUGUAUGUACCACAAUCUGAAUGCCCGUUCCAAUGGCAUCAUCCAUCUGAGGUGUUUUUUUUUUUUGUUUGUUUGUUUUUUAUGUCCCACCUGGAAGAAUGAAUAAUUAAAAAAAACAAACUUAUAUGAAUUUUUUUUUAAUAAACCCAGGGCAUUAAGUGUUUGACCAGCACAGUUAGUCAUUUGUCUUUGACGUGUGUGAAUUUCUACAGCUUUUUUAUUUUUCUUUUAACAGUUUUAAGCAAACUUCUGCACAGGCACCUGUGGAUCAAAAUAUCUUUUGUUUCGAUGUUAAAAUAAUU